AUCAUCCUCACUCGCUCGCUCGGCUUUGACCAGCAUCGACCAGCAUCGACCAGUGUCGGCCAGCGUCGACCGACAUUGCUCCACAUCCGGCGCCAGGCAGUGUGCCCGCAAUGGGUUCUCCGGUGCAAGACCGGAUCACGGUUGUCAUCACCUCGAGUCCUGUCCGGUCAAACCCCUCGAUCGGGGUGCUUGAGGCUGUGCUGGAGUCGUUCGGAAUCGUCCCCGGCCUUGGCCAAUGCAACGUCAUUGUCUCCUUCGACGGCUGCCGGCUCCACCACGAACUGCAAGCAAAAUCAGGCAGAGUCACCCGCGACGACUUGGGCCGGUACCUGACGUUCAAGGAGAAGGCCACCGCUUAUCUGCGCUCGUGUCUGGGUCUGCAACAGGGUCUGCAACAGGGUCUGCAACAGGGCCCCGAUAGCGACACAGCGGCCCUCGCUCAAACACUCCAGGGUGCUGUGUCGAUCUCCGACGCCGAGGACUCAUCGCCCCGGAACGACGACAACAACGACCCGGCAUCCGAAACCAGCACUCCGCAAACCGAUCCAGACAACCUGCUUCCAGUCCCACAGCCACAGAGCGAGGGCUGCGAGGUGCAGACUCGGCUGUUGCGCACGGGUGCUCGGUCAUCAUGCACUGCAACGAUCCAUCGAUACUGUGACUCUGGCGAUCGGCCAGGCCCUACCGAUACUGCCGCCGAAAGCAGCCCUCGCCCGUCGCCCAGGCUCACGGUCAUCCAUCUGGACGAUCGCAUCGGAUUUGCGCUCUCGGUCAAGUUCGCCCUGGACCAUGUCACGACUCCGUAUGUGUUCAUUGUCCAGCACGACUGGAAAUUCGUUACUCCUUUCCCGCUUGAGGGUAUCCUGAAUGCCAUGGACACACACCCAUCCCUCAACUACAUCGGCUUUACCUCGCGCAAGUCGGCACAGUACUCGAUGCGGCGAGGCGGCCCGUCGACGGGGCUGCCCAGGGGGACACUGGAUCCAAAUCCGUAUCCCAUCCCGCUCUGCCGUCUCUACUUUUGGUACGACAAGCCGCACAUCUGCCGGACAAACUAUUACCGAACCCAGGUCUUUGGCCAGGGCGUGCUGAAGCGCGGCGAUUUCAUCGAGGACACCUUUGGCCAGAUGAUGCUCGGAGACAUCAAGGCUAAUGGCACAGCUGCACACGACCGAUACGGCGCCUUUAUCUACGAUGCCGAGAGCCCGGAUUUCUACCUGGUCCAUGUCAACGGACGCAAGUUCAUGGACCGAGACGACCUCGCGGCGAUGAAGAUGCGGCUCAAGUCCGCCGGGAUCGAGAAGCGGGAUCAGCGCAUGGCGAGCAGCUCCGGUGACAUCGACAGAGCCGAAAGGGGCAGGAACGACAGCUCGAGCGGCGAGGAGCGCUAUGGCAUGGACUUUGACUCGCACCUGGCAUCAUCGCACGAGAACAUGUCCGGACCAGAGACGGCAUCAUAGCAUCGAGUGUCGAUGCUCCGACACACGCCUUAUACGGCCCCAAGCCAUCCGGAUGAUGGUCGACAGGUCGUUACUGGCUCCCUGAUCCUGGACGCAGUCAUCGCAGAUACAUGCAACGAGUACGAGUCGGACCGGCGACUGCAUGUCCGUCUCCAUGAAUGCAUCUAUGGCCGCUGCCGA